UCAUCUCAGUUAAAAAAAAAAACAAAAAAAAAAAACAUGCUGUUGUUUUGGUAGAACCUGAUUGGCAUUGACAAUUUCACUUUAUGUUUUCAUGUUGUUUUUUACUCCCUGAAUCCGUCAAAAAUAUAUUUACUUUGUUGUCCAAUACAGUUUAUGGCCUCCUUGCUUCUUGGUUGGCAUAGAUUGAGAAUCAACAACGACUCUCCUCUAGAGGUUAGAAUAUUACAAUAUAUGAUGUCUUAUUCUUUUGCAUUGAGUUUCCAUGUCAUGUAUGAAAUGGCUCCUCCGUAGAAAAACUAACAUGUUACAUUUCAGCACCACACUGAAACAGAGUUGAUUGACGACGUGGUGAUUGUUCACUUUUUCUGUUCAUGACGGGCUUAGAAAUCUUUUUUUUAAACUUCUGGGACAGUGCAUACAUGCAUCCUAGUGCAAUCUAAGCACAUUUAAUAACAUAAGAAGCACACAUUUAAUAUCAAAUGGAUUUGGUUUCAUUGUCGCAGUCCUCUGCAAACCUGGUUAUUUUUAAGCGCUUUCCCUGUAGUUUCGCACUUUGUACUCUUAGGGACGCUGUAGUCUAACAUGUUUUUCUACAACAGCAUAUUGUCAACAGUGCCUUCCCAUUUAUAACGACAGCGAAGGGAGAAGCAUAUUAGACAGAGCACACGACAAGUCCGAGUAGAGACAAAGACGUUUAUCUCACUUGGACUAUUGUCUUUGCUCGUUUCGGAAUAAGCACGGACUUCCUGCCUUUUCUUUGGAUUUAACAUUGACGCAUUUUAUUCCAUAGAAAAGGGCGUGUUUCUGCCUGUACCGUAGUAUCGAGGAGAACAAUGAGACGGCAAGUACUGUUUCUCAUCUCGGUCCUUUCUGUCAGUCCUGUGCUCGGGCAGGUCAGCUACUCCAUUAACGAGGAAAUGUCGGUGGGGUCGGUGGUUGGAAGGAUAGCAGAGGACUUGGGUUUAGAUGUGGAACGACUGAAAUCACGCAAGGCUCGUGCCUUUUUUGGUGAUAGCAGAGAAUAUAUCGAGCUGAAUAAAGACAGGGGAGUCCUCCUAAUCAAAGAGAGAAUAGACAGAGAGACGUUCUGCGGCCAGACAGUGCCUUGUGCCAUGCACUUCCAAAUUAUCUUAGAAAAACCCGUUGAAUUUUACAGGAUAAUAGUUGAGAUUGUAGACAUAAAUGAUAACCCCCCCGUCUUUGAGAAAGGUGAUAUUAAAUUUAAAAUCAGCGAGUCCGCAGUGACCGGAUCGAAAUUUGACUUAGAAGGGGCGGUGGAUUUAGAUGUUGGAAUUAAUGGUCUCCAAACCUACAUCCUGAAACCGACUGAUAAUUUUGCUCUAAAACUGCACAACCAAGCAGACGGUUCGAGGAACGUGGAGAUGAUUUUAAAACAGCCUCUUGACAGAGAGAAAAGCGAACAUUUGUCUUUAGUGCUGACGGCUGUCGAUGGAGGAGAACCGCAAAUGUCUGGCACAAUGCAGGUUCUAAUCACAGUAUUAGACGCCAAUGAUAAUGCACCUGUUUUCACAAAGUCUGUCUAUAAAGCUACCGUUGCUGAAAAUUCACCAAAAGGCACAAUAGUGACUACAGUUAGUGCGUCAGAUGCUGAUCAUGGAUCGAAUGGAAGAAUAACGUAUUCCAUCAGAAACACUUUAGAUGAUGUCAGACAUUUGUUUGAAGUCAAUGAACAUACUGGCGAGGUUAGAUUAAUUGGAAAUAUAGACUAUGAGAAAUCAAGAAAUUAUCAAAUAAAUGUACGUGCAAGUGACGACGGAGGUCUAACAGACACGUGCAAAGUAAUAGUUGACAUUAUAGAUGUCAAUGAUAAUUAUCCCCUCAUAAAUGUAAUGUCUGAAACAAAUAUUAUUUCUGAAGAUGUCAAAAUCCAGACUGUCAUAACAAUAAUUAAUAUUCAAGACAUAGACGACGGUGAGAAUGGCAAAGUCCUAUGCAAAAUAACUGAAAAUAUUCCGUUCUUAUUGAAGUCGACAGAAAAUAAUUUCUACAGCUUAGUGACAGACAGUGAAUUAGACAGAGAGAGAGCCUCUGAGUAUAACAUCACUGUGACCUGCUCUGAUGAGGGAGUGCCCUCCCUCUCCAGCAGCGUCACUCUCACCUUACACAUCUCUGAUGUAAAUGACAACGAGCCUGUCUAUGAGAGGAGCUCAUAUGAGGCCUACAUUGUAGAAAACAACACACCAGGUGUGUCUAUAUUCACAGUGAGAGCCACAGACGCUGACUGGAACCAGAAUGCUCGUGUUUCUUACAUUCUGGAGGACUCCUCAGUGAACGGAGUGCCAGUCUCCUCAUAUGUGUCCAUCAGUGCUGAUAGUGGAGUCAUCCAUGCAGUGCGCUCUUUUGACUACGAGCAGAUCAAAGACUUCCAGUUCCGUGUGAAAGCUCAGGAUGGAGGCUCUCCUCCACUCAGCAGCAAUGUGACAGUGAAAAUGAUGAUCCAGGACGAGAACGACAACCCUCCUCAGGUUCUGUAUCCAGUCCAGACUGGAGGCUCUGUGGUGGCUGAAAUGGUGCCUCGUUCAGCAGAUGUGGGCUAUCUGGUGACCAAAGUGGUGGCUGUUGAUGUGGACUCUGGACAGAAUGCGUGGCUGUCGUAUAAACUGCAGAAGGCCACAGACAGGGCUCUGUUUGAAGUGGGCUCCCAGAAUGGAGAGAUCCGAACCAUCCGCCAAGUGAGUGAUAAAGAUGCAGUGAAACAGAGACUGAGUGUUAUAGUGGAGGACAACGGGCAGCCCUCUCGUUCAGCUACAGUCAUUGUGAACGUGGCGGUGGCGGACAGCUUCCCUGAAGUUCUGUCGGAGUUCAGUGACUUUCCACACGACAGGGAGUACAAUGACAACCUGACUUUUUACUUGGUGUUGGCUCUGGCUGUGGUCUCCUUCCUGUUCAUCACGUGUUUGGUGGUUAUUAUCUCAGUGAAAAUCUACAGAUGGAGACAGUCUCGCAUCCUGUAUCAUUCCAACCUGCCUGUGAUUCCAUAUUAUCCUCCACGUUACUCAGACACUUUGGGGACAACAGGGACUCUCCAACACGUGUACAAUUACGAGGUGUGCAGGACGACAGACUCGAGAAAGAGUGACUGUAAGUUCGGCAGAGCUGGUAGUCAGAAUGUGUUGAUCAUGGAUCCCAGUUGUUCGGGGACGAUGCAGCGGAUGCAGAGUGAGAAGAGCAUCCUGGAUGAACCAGACUCUCCUCUAGAGGUUUGA